AUGGCCAUGGCCAAGCGUCUAGAGGAACUGGGACCGACGCCGGAGCUCGAAUGGGCACACCGACCCAUCUGGGGCCAGUACAUCCACUACCUGUACGAGCAAGCCAAGGGCAACAACAGCACCCAACAGCUCCGCCAGAGCUUCCGGCCGGUCGUCAACAGCACCGCGCGGGAUUUCCUCGCGCUCGAGUAUCCGGAAUGCGCCGAGGCCGGCACCAUCUCCAGCAUGCGCGACGAGGAGUGGCCCUUUGGCAGCGCUGGCGCCGCCAACCCGUCCGUCGCGACGACGCUGUGGAUGACGGUCGACCAGGGCCAGAACGGCAUCUUGUACGACUGCACGCUCGUCAUCCACAGCCCGGCGGCGUGGACGAGCAUCGCGCGCGCGCCGCAGACGAAGCUUGCGCAGCGCUACCUCGCCUCUGUCGUGCAGGGGCUCGACGAGGACGGCGUCAAUGUCAGGCAUGCGGUGCUCAGCGUCGUCGUCGGCGCCGUCAUGCUCUCCGCGCGGUAUAAGCCGCGCAACUUGAUGCCGAGCUGCGCCCUGGUGAGCGAAAACGCCGGCCCGGAGAUUUCGCAGCCGACGGCGCGCGACGAGGGGAGCGACGAUCCGGGCAGCCCGCAGCACCGCCUCUUCCGGCCGCGCCUCUUCAUGUCGGUCCUCGACAGCCUCGAAACCAGCUACCCGGGGUGCACCGUCUGGGACGCGGGAGAAAUGACGUUUGAUAUCGACGAUGCGCCAUACCCGUACCCUGCGCGGCUCCUGGUCUGCCGCGCUUUCGAGCAAAGAAACAGCGACGUGAAGACCUUUGAUUUCAGAGUCCGCUGCCCCGGCGACAACGGCAGAGAUGUAGUGGCGACGCUUGUUCGCGCGCGCGACCCGUCAGAUGAUCCCGGCGGCAUCGUCUGCCUCGCCGUGGUUGUCCCCGUCGACCCCCAAGAAGCCUGGCCGAAGCGCGACCUGGACAAGCACCGCCCCGUCAUGCUUGCCGCUCUGACGCAAGCGUCCAAGCACGGCAUGGUCAUGGCCUUUCGGGGCGGCUUCGACCGAUGCGCGCUGCGCGUCUGGGUCGGGCAGGACACAACACACUACAUGCUCAUCACGCCGCACGCCAAGGGCGAAACGGCAGAGCACGUGCGGCAGUUCUCCGAGGUGCUGUUUGGCGGCUCCCUCACGUCUCUGACACCGGCCGCCCAUCCGCAGGACAUGGCCGACCUGGAGGAGACCUUUGGCGUCCAGACGGAGAGGAAGGACGAGCACCGGCUGUGGGACUCGGAGAGCCACUUUCAGCACAUCCGCCACCAGAUGCGGCGGCGAGCAAAGGCCUUCCCGGCGCGGUACGAGCGGAUGGGCCUCGUCGCCGGCCACCAGAGCGCCGUCGCGUUCAUGGAGCGGAACUUUGCCGGAUGCGUGAUCGCCGACGAGGGCGAGCUGCCGCAGUCGAGCGCCGCGCUGCCAGGGGCCCGGGUGGAAAACACAAAGGUCCUGGUCGCGAGGGAUCCGGAGCAGGUGCCGGGCAGCAUCGUCGCGGUGCUCGUCGCCGCGCCGUGUCCAGUGCCGGGAUACAGCGCCAUGACGGCGGACAGGGCGAAGACGUGGCUCGGCACGCCGGAGAUGCGGAGUGCUGAGGAGGCGUUGAUGGCGCUGUUGAAGACGUGGCAUGGCGAGGGCAGGAUUUCCAAGCGAGACUGCUUCGUGCAGGUCAUGAUGGGGAUGGAUGCUACGAUUUACCAGUUUGUCGAUGGGCACAAGUUUGUCGACCCGUCGGAAGAGCGCAUGAGGCGCAUCAGGUGGCAGUGA